AUGCAGUACAUGAAUUAUGGUUACGCUACUAGUCAGCUACAGGAAGCACCAACAUUUACUGAUAGUACCAAUGCCUUCCAUCAACAGCAGUCGGCUAUAUCUCAACAAGCUCAACAACAGCCGAUGUUGAAUGGUAUUCAGGACAGGCAAAAUGUUGCCACGGAAUCAAUGAAUACUAUUCAUCAAACGUUUCCGAUAAAUCCUGCCUUUCAUUCCAUCGGACCUAAUGAUCAUAUUGAUAAUAUCAAAAAUAAUAAUAAUAAUAAUAGUAAUAAUAAUCAUAAUGGACAAUCAUUGCAGACAAAUAACAGUAGUAACGUACGGCUAUAUAAUACUAUCCCUUCAUUACAGACUUACAGCCGAUUUCAAAGGAUGCAGGGAGAUAUACCGCUAAAUAUGAGGCAAGGAGAGGCCAUGAACAAUUUGCCAUCAAAUAUAGCGACACUUAACACGAACACAUUCGAAUCAUUGGGCCAACAAGUACUGAUAAGAGAUGCACAAUUGAGAUCGCUGGAAUCUGAAAUUGAGAAAUUGAGAACAACAUUCAAUGAAGAUUUCGAAGGUUUCAGGAAACCAUCCACUAAUGAUGAAGAUAUGAUGACUACAUAUUUCGGUUCUUCACCUAAUAUAAAAGUCGUAUACAGGGAAUUAGUGAACUUAUUAAGGAGAAAAGAGGAUGAAAUUUCGAAAGUGCAACUUAAUAUUGAUAGUUUAUUGACUGCGCUUGCGUUAGAUCCAUCCAAUCCCUUGACAUCAUAUGAAACAUUUGAUUUGGAGACUAUUUCCGAGAGAAUGAUUAGAAAAUUGGAAAAUUUAACAAAAGAAAAUCAAGAUAUGGCCAAGGCAUUGAAUUUCGAAGAGUCGAAAAGGAAACAAAUCAAGCUAAAUUUGGCAAAGAAAGAAAAUAAAGAAUUAAGGGCCAAGCUAGCUCGAUUGCAACAGGGGAAGGAGUCAGUACAUGAUCUUUCCGAAAAAAGAUGGAAUCCCCCGGAAUAA